AAUCAUUCUGCAUUCUCAUUCUAAAAAGUUCAAAUAGUUGACUAAACUUUACCCAAGUCAAUUCCUCGUCUUUCCCACUCUUCCAAACACGCCCUUAACACACUCAAGAAAAGAGUGAAUGCAACACCGUCCUCGCCGAUGAUCAAAUUGCUCAAUACCGUCCUUUGAGAUGGCAAGUCUUCUUUCUUGUUCAUCCCUUCCUUCUCCACGGCAGGGCUUCACUAAGCUGAAUGUGAAUGGUUGGUCAUCUGACACUGAUCACAGAGCUGGGUUUGGUUGUCAUCUUACAGAUGAUUGUGGCGGUUGGUUGGUUGGAAUUUCUGGUUUUUUGGGGAACACUUCAAUUCUAUAUGCUGAGUUGUUUGCUGUCGAAAGAGGCCUCCUUCUCGCCUGGGAUUGGGGGAUCCGUAAGCUUCUUUGUCAUUCGGAUUCUUUAAUGGCUGUGACUUUGGUGUCUGAUCAUCUUGACUAUCACCAUCAAUAUGCUGGAUUGAUGGCUGAUAUCCAAAAUUUGUUAGGCCGAGAUUGGGAGGUGCAAGUUCAGCACACACUAAGAGGAAUGAACUCUUGUGCUGAUUUGUUGGCCAAGAAAGGGGCUAGGGAUGACGAUGCACUCAAGGUCUGGCUUCUACCUCCACUACCAAUGAAGUGCUUGAUGAUAAAUGAUGCCAUGGAUGUUCCUUGUGUUUAUGAUUAUACAGGGACAAACAAUGCUGUUUCUAGUAGCACUUCAUCAAGCACCGAGCCUCUCGAUGAAAAUACAAAGAACCUAGAUUAUGACAGUGAUGCCAAGAAUUCUAAAAUGCAGGUAAGGAUAGAGGAAGAACUCACUCAAGCUCUGACUUCUCGAAUGGCAAGUAUUCAUUUGGGUUCAUCAUCGCCUUCUCGGCAUGAGCCAGGUACUGUUAGUUGGGAGUUUACACCAGAGGGGUUCACAAAGCUGAAUGUGGAAGGUAGCUUAUGUGAAAGUCAUGACCGGGCGGGCUUUGGGUGUCUGCUUAAGGAUGAUUGUGGUGCUUGGAUUGUGGGUAUUUCUGGUUUUCUUGGGAAUGUUUCCAUUCUAUAUGCUGAGUUGAUUGCUUUGAAAAGGGGCCUCAUUCUAGCUUGGGAUUGGGGCAUCCGUAUGCUUCUUUGUCAUUCGGAUUCUUUAAUGGUGGUGUCUUUGGUAUCUCGUGAUCUUGACUAUCAUCAUGAAUAUGCUGGAUUGGUGGCUGAUAUCCAAAAUCUACUUGAGCGAGAUUGGGAGGUGCAUGUUGAGCGCACACCUAGUAAAGGGGUAUCUUCUGCUGAUUGGUUAGCUAAGCAAGGGGCUAACGAUGUUGAUGCUCUAAAGAUAUGGCUUUUACCUCCACUACCAAUGAACUUCUCUCUGAUGGGCGAAGAUUCCAUGGAUGUUCCUUGUGUUUAUGAUUUUACUGGGAAAUAUGAAGCUGGCACUUCAUUGAUCAUCAGUUCGACCGAUGAAGAUACAGAGAAUCCAGAUUAUGAUCUUGAACUGAUUGAAGCCAAGAAUGCUAUAAUGCAAGCAAGGAUGGAGGAGGAACUCAUUCAGGCUCAGCUUGCUCAAGAUGAACCAAGGAUAGUCUGUUGGGUGUGUCCGCCACAGGGGUUCGCAAAGCUGAACGUGGAUGGUAGCUUUUAUGAAAAACAGCAAAAGGCAGGCUUUGGCUGUUUGCUGAGGGAUGAUUGUGGUACUUGGGUGGUUGGCAUCUCCGGCUUCCUUGAAAACAGUUCCACUCUGCAUGCCGAGUUGGCUGCUGUCGAAAGAGGCCUCCUUCUAGCCUGGGAUUGGGGCAUCCGAAAGCUUAUAUGUCAUUCAGACUCUAUGACCGUUGUGAGCUUGGUCUCGAAUGGCGGCAACCAUGAUCGCCAUCAAUUUGCUGGAUUGUUGGCUAAUAUCCAAGAACUGUUGCAGCGAGACUGGCAGGUCCAGGUUGAGCAUACUUUGAGAGAAGGGAACUCUUGUGCUGAUUGGUUAGCGAAGGACGGGGCUAAAGACGAUGUUGUGCUCAAGGUCUGGCUGCUAGCUCCACCGUCAAUGGGUGACUUACUGAUGGAUGAUUUCAUGGGAGUCCCCUCUCUUAGACCUUCAAACCAGAAGACAGUUAGCAAGUUGGAGAGAGCCGUUCAUGCCAGAUUGCGCGGCAAGAGAUAAAUUAUACAUAUCAUUAUCACAUGGUUGAUUGUUCUACAAGUAAAUUGUAAAUUAUGUUAUAUCACUAUCACAUGGUUGAUGGUUACGCAAGUAAAUUGUAUAAAUAUGUAAAUUACCUUCCAUAUUUUCACAGCUGGGAGUGUUUGCAUCCUGGGUAUGUUGUGUGUCUGUGCAUGCCUCGGUAACUUGGAAAAGGGGUUUCCCCCCUUUUAUUCUUUGAAAUAAAAGUUGUUUAUU